AAAUUGAAUUUCAUAUCAAUUCGUUGUUUGUCUGCAAACCCGAAGACAUCGAAAAGAAAUAACUCUUUGACUGAAAGACAAAACACAUCGCAAUCAGAGCUCACGAUUGGCGCCAAAGUGAAGCAAACCACUCAAGACAUCACUUAUUUGGGUGUCAUAUUAUUAGGCGUUUCGGUGACGGGAGUCAUCCUUUGGGCCAUAUUUCGAGAGCUGUUCUCAUCGGUGAGUCCAUCAGUCCUGUACUCAAAUGCUCUCAAACUCUGCAAAUGUGAUCCACGAGUGGUUGAGGCCAUCGGACAACCGAUCAAAGGCUUCGGUGAACUGAGUUCUCGCGGCCGAAGACGACGCGUCAGUUCUGUUGAGUACGACAAAGAGGGGGAGCGAGUGAUUCGCGUCCAGUUCUACCUCAAGGGAUCCAAAACCAGUGGAACCGUUCAGUUGGAGGCUUUCAAACACAAGUCCAACACUCAGUUCCGGUACCUAUUCGUACAGUUAGACAGUUCUGGUCACGUGAUAGUUCUGGAGGACAACCGACACAUUGAGGACAAAGCCAUCACUUCCUUGAAUACAUUGCGAGAGAUU